UUUCAUGUUUCGUGAAGUCGGAAUUGCACCCGAAAACAUUUUAUAACCAGUAAUCAGCCAGAAAUCAUUUGACAGGAUUAAUCGACUAACUGAAAUUCAUAUUGGUUCAGUUCUAGUAGCUUUAUUGAAAAGUGGUUGUUCAAAAAAUCUGCGCAACAGGAUCUACCGGUCGGAAUUUUUCAACUUUUAGAAGAGGUUACUGUCAAAUGUUCCCUUUAAUUUUUAUAAAAGGGGUUCCAGAGUUCCCGAAUGUCAUUAACAAAUUCCCACUCGGUGGCUAUGGACGUUGAUGGUCCUAGCAACGGACCCGGGACUCUCAAAAGGUGCUCCAGUGCCCCCAUGAUUAAUGAAUCUACUACUGUGAUGACUACAGUUAAUCCUACUGCACCCAAUAGGGAACAGCAACCCUUUAGUUCGUUGUUUGGAUCUUCUUCACAGACAAGAACAAGGAGGUUUAGCGCCAGCUUCAGCCAAGUCCCAGGUUCACCGGUAUCAGGCCCUCGCUUGACGCCGAGGAUCAACCAACUGCGCCAAGAGGAACAUGAUGGCAUCAGCAACACCCGGGAGCUCGCCCACGAACGGGAAAUCCACCAGUCCAUGCAGAUAUCCCAGUCGUGGGAGGACCUCAGCAUAAUGAACGACAGCAACGAGUCGACAAAAACCAGCAGGAUGAUACCCCUACAAAUAUCGCUGCCAACCUGCGGCGGCCCCUUUAUGUGCAAUUCCCCCUCCCCCACGCGGAUGGGCUUUCAGAGCCCGACUAGAUCGAGAACGAUUAUCAGACGUAGUGCUAGUCCAGUGCUCCGACCCAGCCCCCUUGGAGUGAAGAGAAAGCUGGACGACGAUAAGCUCGAUUUUCAUGCCAGCCCCCGUGCCAAGAGAGUGUACAGUUACUCGGGGGGCAACGACAGGGGCGGGCUCCUCACCACCACAGGUAAUAAUAAUAAGAUAUAUAAUAAUAAGAAAGAAUCCUGACUGUGUUCUCCUUAUUUAUAUACAGUG